UUAAGAUCCUUGUAUUUCCCCUUUUUUCUUCCCAUCUCUCUCUUUGCUUAAAUUGAAUGUUUGAAUCUUAAACAAUCCCUUACUUGAUUUUCUUUCCCAUUUUACCCAACAUUUUUAUCUCUAUUAACAGCCUUGCCACUCUCUCUCAUCUUCAAAAUUAUCUUUCUUCGAAUUCUUAGUGUUUAACUUCAACAUUCAAAUUCGGAAUCACUCACUAUCUUUCUCGAUUUUUGAAUUGUCAAGCUCAUUUGUUUAAUCAAGCUAAAAAUAUUCAAUUUAUGCUUGUAAAUUGAUCUUAUGUGAGCUGAUUGAAUUGCGGCAUUUUCAGUAUUUGAGCUUUGUUGCAGAUCUUUGGUAGUUAAUAUAGGUUUGAUUGAAAGUUAAAUUGCUAAUUUUGGAGUUUAAAACCGUGUAUUUUGGCCUAUUUAAGGUAUGAUUUGAAUGAGAAAUUAGGUUUUGGGUUGUUUUUUAGGGGAGGGAGGUUAGUUUAUGGUAGUUUAGGAUUUUUAUUGUGUUAGGGUUUUUGGAAGGUGAUUUUGCAAUGAAUCGGAGUUUUAGAGGUCCAGAAACGUUAAUGCCGUCGAUAAGACCGAGGGUUCCGCAGUUGAAGAGUCAUCGUGCUUCGGCGAUGCGAGAGAAAGAAGAUGACCUUGCAUUGUUUCUUGAAAUGCGAAAACGUGAGAAAGAGAAAAAUGAUCUUCUUCUUCUUCGUGAUUCUGAAGAAUUAGAUGAAUCUUUAGUUUCGCAACCUGGAAGUUCGCCGCUUUUUAAUAUUCCAUCCACCACGCCUGCAAGGAAGACGGGUCUGGAAGAUUUUCUAAACUUAGAUGGCGAAAAGAAUGAUUAUGACUGGCUUCUAACACCUCCUGGUACCCCCCUCUUCCCCUCGCUGGAGAUGGAAUCAAGGAAAAGCUACAUUUAUGAAAGGGAAGCUCCAAAAUCUCAACCUGCUGUACUGAGAUCAAGAUUAGCAAACUCUCAGACAGAAACCACAGGGAGAAAUAGCUUGAUGCCAAGACAACCAACUGCAUCUACUGGGCUGACCUCUUCAAAUUCAGGAAUGCGAAGGCCUUCUUCGUCUGGGGGUCCGGGGUCAAGGCCAUCCUCGUCUGGUGGUUCAGGUUCCAGACCAGUGACACCUGGGGGUGGAUCUAGACCUGCAACACCAACGGGUCGACCUACAUCAACGUCUUCCAAACCUUCAAGAUCCUCUACACCAACAUCCCGGGGCACUUUAUCUUCUUCCAAGCCCUCGCUUCACUCCUCUUCCCCCAAGCCGUUGACAUCAAUGCGGUCAACAGCUUCUGCGACAUCUACAAGGUCUGCAGGUCCAUCAAGGUCCUCAACGCCAUCAAGAUCCACUACAGCCACCAGAUCUUCAGUUCCAUCAGCUGGACCGUCGAGAUCUUCCACUCCUACUAGGUCUACUGCCAGAUCAGCAACACCAACAAGGUCAACUGCAAGAUCUUCAACUUCAACAGCCAGGCCCUCUGCUCCCUCAGCCCCUAUAUCCCGAUCUACAUCUAGAACAUCAACUCCAACACGUCGUCCAUCAGCACCAUCAAGUGUUGCCAAUAUCACUGCAUCUCUGAACAAGUCUUCUUCAAUUAGCAGCAAGUCAGUUGGUUUAGCACCAUCUAGAAGUGCUGCACCUUCAUGUGGUACCUCCCCAACUGUUAGAUCUCGUCCAUGGAAUCCAUCUGAGAUGCCUGGAUUCUCUUUAGAUGCUCCAAAAAAUUUAAGGACCACCCUUCCUGAUAGACCUCUUUCAGCUACACGGGGUAGACCCGCUGCCCCCUCUGCUCGUUCUGCUUCUGUGGAACCUGUCAGUAACGGAAGACCGAGACGUCAAUCUUGUUCUCCUUCUAGAGGGCGUACCCCUAAUGGUAAAAUUCAUUCUAGUGGAAGUUCUGUGCCUGCUGUGAGUCGAGGGCACUCCAAAGUGAAUGAUGAUGUGAGCCCUGUGGUUAUCGGGACAAAGAUGGUUGAGAGGGUGAUUAAUAUGAGGAAAUUGGCACCACCAAGGCAGGAUGACAAACAUUCUCCUGGCCUAUCUGGAAAGUCGGCUUCAUCACCUGAUAGCUCUGGCUUUGGACGGACACUUUCUAAGAAGUCCUUGGAUAUGGCUAUACGACACAUGGAUAUAAGGCGAAGUAUCCCUGGAAACUUACGGCCAUUGAUGACAAAAGUUCCAGCAUCAUCUAUGUACAGUGUAAGAUCAGGGCCUGCGGGAAGCAGGACAGCUAGUGUUUCAGAUUCACCUCUUGCUACUAGCAGCAAUGCCAGUUCUGAGCGGAGUGUUAAUAACCAUAAUCCUGCAUUAGAUGGGCAUGGUAGUGAAUUGGAAGAUGACCUCCCCAGUGAACGAGGUUGCCAUGCUUCGCCUACCAUUGUAUACAAUAGCAGGCUGUUAUGAUGUUAUGUGUAAAGUUAUCAAAAUUGGUUUCUUCGUGGAGCUGCAGACUGUUGUGAUGUAUGAGUAAAGUUAUCAAGCAUCCGAGAAGUUGUAGUUUACUGUUUAUAUUAUUAACACCCUUGUAAUAUUAGAGCUUAUUAACUAACUUAUCCUUGUAGCUUACUUUCAGACAUCUUGCCAACUACUGAUAUGUUGGUAUGCUAACUAUGCCGAUCAUCGAUUCACCAAAACAGCUUCCAUUUUAGAUUUACUUGCAAGAAGAGUUCGUUGCAAGGAUAACCCCCUACUGGCAAGAGGAGAGGUAUGAGGCGUAGCAAGAAAUGGAGAAUUGAUCGGCUCAAGUUGCAGAGAUUGUAAUUGAGAUUUUGCCCUUUGAGAUUUCAUAAUGGAAAUCAUAAUUCAUAACUCCUUUUAUAUUGGGUUUGGAGUUAGGACUCAGGAGGUUAUUUAUAAAAAUGGAGAAGUUGAAAUUUUCAUAUUCUUAGAGGUUUUCUUUUGGAACUUUUGGACUUCAUAAAUGAGCUUGACAUUAAUUAGAGUCAUCAAUCAUCAUCAUUAUUAUACCCAGUAUAUUCUGCUCAUAGGAAUUAUGGUUAGGGUUUGGGGAGGCAACAAAGACGGCAACUCAUACCUAUAAAGGAGAAUGCGGUCAAAGAGUCCCACGACGAGUCAUCAAUGUGCUCUAAAAUUAACUUGAUUAUUUAUUUGUAGCUUCUCUCAAAUUAAACUAAAAUGGAGCUAAUGUUGAUACUAGACUCUUCGAAUCAAGAAGGUCUAGAUUAGCGUUCAAAAUUUUUUGGUUCUAUAAAUUUGAGUUCUAUUUUGAGUCCACACUUCACACACAAUAAAAGCGUAAGGUUUGAGUUUGGUUGGACCCUAUUCAAAAAACCAACCCAUAACCAAUUUACUAGAAGUAUAAUGUAUUAUAAAUUCAAAACUAAAAAACUAUUUCUGUUAAAUUUAGAUUGAUAAGCAAACAAAGGCCUUCGGCCUAAUGGACAUUAAUGUUCUUGCUUCCAAGUUGAAAAACCUACACUUUUUAAAUCAAAUUUAAUGGUAUAAUUAGCUGUGCCUUUUGAGAUUAUUAUUGAUAUUAAUAGUGAUAUUUCUCUUCAUAAUAUAUCAAUAUUUAUAGCAAUUUUAAAGGAACUGAGAAUAUAUAUAUUGAAAAAACCUUUACG